AUGAAUGGUUCCGCUUUCAGCACAACCAUUUUUCCUAGCAGCUCCGCGUCGACUGUCUACCAGUCACAUCCGAUGAUUCAGCCGACGUCGACGACCGGAAUGUAUUCAGCGCCGCGCGAGAUGGGCAAACCACCUGUUCGUGGUAAGACCUCACCCUACGGGUUCUUUGUCAAGAUGUGCUACGAGGAGCACAAGAAGAAGUAUCCGAACGAGAAUGUGCAGGUCACCGAGAUUUCGAAGAAGUGCUCGGAAAAAUGGAAGACGAUGGUCGACGAUGAGAAGAGGAGAUUCUAUGAAUUGGCUCAAAAAGACGCCGAAAGAUAUCAGGCGGAGGUUGCCGCUUAUGGUGGAGAGGACGCGAUGAGAAAAAGAAAACGCGCCAAGAAGGACCCGCAUGCUCCAAAACGAGCAUUGUCGGCGUUCUUCUUCUACUCGCAAGACAAACGACCUGACAUUCAAGCGCAACAUCCCGAAUGGAAAGUCGGACAGGUUGCGCAAGAGCUUGGCCGUUUAUGGAAGACGGUGCCGCAGGAGACGAAGGACAUGUACGAGCGAAAAGCGCAAUUGGAUAAGGACAGAUAUGCGGAGGAAAUGCGCCAUUACAAAUCGGAAUUGACGAAAAUGCCGGGAAUGGAACAUAUUGAAGAAGAGCACCAUGCCACUCAUUUGGUACACGUUGAUGAGCUUCAACACGGCCAAAUCAUUUCAUAA